AUGAGUCUGGUGGCCGCGCUGGCCUCCGCCACCGUGUGCGUUGCUCUGGUGUUGCAGGUGGUCAAGGUGGUGGUGGGACUGGUGCUGCGGGUGGCGUGUGGGGCGACCGGAGCCAGGUGGUGGGCCGCCCUGCCCGCCGACGAGCGCGACAAGAUGAGCGGCCGGCUUGCGUGCAGCUUCCACCACGCCGUGGCCGCGGGCCUGUGCCUGUCAGCCGUCGUCCACAACAACUCGCAGCACUUCGUCUGGGCCUUCUUCUGGGAGGCCGGAUUCGACAUCAGCGACUCGCUGCUCGCCGCCUUGGGAGAUCGUAGGCGGUUGGAGGAGAUCAUGCGAAACGAGUGUCCGCAGGCGUGCGACUACGACGCCCACGUCGAGGCGCGGCACCGGACCCAGCGCGAGGCCGAGGCCAAGGCGCGGCGGACCGCGGCCCUGGCCCUCCAGCACAAGGCCCAGCGACGAUCGACGACGCCCGUGAAGUUCCUCCUGCCCAAGGAGGAGCUCUCCCGACGCGGCGUCACAUCGCUGCCCCAGAAUGUGACUGUGAAGGAGCUGGCGGCGAGCGGCGCGUCGUGUUCGAAGCAGGCCAUCGCGUUGGUCAUGGAGCAGUUCCUCGACCAACGGCGGCGCCAGCUGGACCGCUCUCGCUCGUUUGAUGGCGAUGAUCGGCGGCCCGCUACCGACAGGCCUUCAAAGGCCACUUCAUCGUCAUCGUCGAUGAACACCUCAGCAGCCGCUACAUCGACCGAUGAGCGUAAGUGGCUCGAAGCGUUCCUGCAGAUGCUCGAAGUCGAGCGCAAGCGCAAUGAAGCGGUCGAGGCUGAGAGGGUGAGGGCUCUCCAUGGCGAAGAAGAAGACGAAGAAGACGAAGUCGAUCAGCUGCUGAAGGCCAAGCAGCGACCUCACGGCAAAGGCAGCGUGGACGAAAGAGAGGAGGGUCGACCAGAGGAGGAGGGCGACAGCAAAGCGAAGGAAGCAGUGUCAGUUCCGGUGAUCACCAUCACGACGGCUACAACCAGCUGA